AAUGAAGAGAGAUUAGAAUCUAAUAAUAAAGAUCAAGACAAUAGACUAAAUAAAUAUAUCAUGCUAAUAAAUUAUCUUGUCUAUAGACUUCAAGUUGGUUGUUCUGGAGAAGCAUUAACUUUGCAUUG